AUGCAACAGAUGAUGGCUCAUUCUCAGCAGGGACUUCCACACGAAUCCCUAGGAUUCAGCUCCGAGUUUUCACAGACAUCGCCGAUGCAACAAAUGCAGCAUUUGCUGUCAAUGUUGGCUAAUGCUAUGUCGGCGAAUGGGGUGAAUCCGAUGAGUCUCGUGCAACAAUGUUUAAACUCUGCAAUCCCAUCUGAUACAUUGGAUCGAAAAACGGACGUCGAGAUGGACUCCGAUCUGGAUGACAUCGAAUCACCGCUGGAUCUCAGCAAGAAGCAAGCUCUCAAGCAUCGACUUCCACAAAAAAUUGAUAGAAACGAUAACAUUGAUGUGGUGGGAAGCGGAAGCUCGUCAAACUCGUCAACCGAUCCAAGUGAAAAGGCUUAUUCAAGUUCAAACAGUGAUCCAUGUGAAAUCGAUGGAAGCGCAAGCCGAAGUCCGCUUUGUUUAAAGAGAAACUAUUCUCAAGUUGAUCUCGAGGCAGCCGUGAGCGAUAUUCGAGCUGGUAAACUGGGAACGAGAAGAGCAAGUGUGGUUUACGGUAUUCCCCGAUCAACCCUUCGCAAUAAAAUCUACAAAUUGGAAGCUUCCGGAGAGCCGAUAACCCGGAAUCCGAUUCGGAGAAAGCACCAUUUGGCGAAUUUGAAAAGAAAUAUGCGGAAAACCCCGGAUUGCUCGGCGAGUUCAUCGCGUAGUGGGAGUGAGGAGAAUUCGGACAAUUCAGAUCUCUCGAAGAAAGGCUUUUCAACAACGGGAAGCACAUCGGAUGUCUCGAGUCAAUCGGAUGAUUGGACAAAGAAUUUUUGGCAGAAUUUUGUCGCACAGCAGAAUAUCCAAGCUUCUCUACAAAAAGCUCUGCCUUUGCCAAGAAAAGAGCCGUUAUUGGAGCCGAAAAUGAGCGCCGAGUGGAAAAGAUCGAGGCCAAAGAGAGGACAAUACAGAAAGUACGACAAAGAGGCGCUUGAAAAAGCGGUGAGAAGCGUUCGACUUGGGGAGAUGUCCGUGCAUAGAGCCGGCAGCUUUUAUGGAGUACCACACUCAACACUCGAGUACAAGGUAAAGGAACGAAACCUUUUGCGUCCAAAGCCGGUCUCCUCAAAUCAGUCAAGAGAUGAGAAAGAUGAGAUGAUCGAGGAAUCAAUUCAUCAAGAUUCCACAACUGAUGACACAACAUCACCCACAGAU